AUGCACACGUCCGUCUACACUGGGUUGCUCUGCACCCUCGCCGCCCCUGCGCUGGGUGUUGUGCUGGAGAGUCUGGCUGGAGGUGCUCCUAGCACUUGGUCGCUGGUUGAUAAGCCCUCGGCGGACUCGACCAUGUCCCUGUCCAUUGCUUUGACCCGCCAAAAUCUGGAUCAGCUGGAGAGCAAAGUGACCAAGCUUGCGACCCCCGGUCAGGCCGAGUAUGGGCAGUGGCUCGACAAGACUGACAUUGAGACACAAUUCCCCGUUUUUGACGACACUGCUGUCGUCAACUGGUUGAAGAGUGCCGGUAUCUCCAGUAUCUCUCGUGAUGGGGCCACUCUGAGCUUCUCCGGCAGCGUGGAGACCGUCGAGAAACUGCUUGACACUGAUUUUGCCUACUACAAGAAUGGUGAUACCACGAAGCUGCGGACCACCCAGUACUCCAUUCCGGACGAUCUGACCGAUUACAUCGAUGUGAUCUCGCCCACUGUCUAUUUUGGCGGCCUUCGCAAGUUUGCACCCAUGCCUUCGUUGGCUAAGAAGCAGGUCCGCCGUGAUUCUAAAAUCUCGGCCUCGUGCAACGACUACAUUACUCCUUCCUGCCUCAAGGAAAUGUACAACGUUGGUGACUACACCCCCAAGCCCUCUGCUGGCAGCCGUAUCGGCUUUGGAAGUUUUCUGAACCAGUCUGCUUCGGAAUCGGAUCUGGCGGAAUAUGAAACGCUUUUCAACAUUCCCCAGCAGAGCUUCUCUGUGGAGCUGAUCAAUGGUGGUGUCAACGACCAGUCAGCUCCUGUGGCUGAUAUUGGCGAGGCAAACUUGGAUGUGCAGCUGAUUGUUGCUGUUUCUCACCCCCUGCCUGUCCAUGAGUUCAUCACUGGAGGUGUUGCUCCCUUCAUCCCCAAUGCUGAUGAGCCCACUAUUGCCAAUGACGAGAAUGAGCCCUACUCUGUCUACUAUGAGUAUCUGCUCUCCAAGACCAACGCCGAGCUCCCUCAGGUUAUCUCCAACUCUUAUGGCGAUGACGAGCAAACCGUUCCUGAGAAGUAUGCCAAGCUCGUCUGUAACCUGAUCGGCCUGAACACUAUCCGCGGACUGACUAUCCUCCACUCCUCCGGCGAUGAAGGCGUUGGCUCGGCUUGCCAGGCCAGCGAUGGCGUGACUCCCCAGUUCAACCCUAUUUUCCCUGCCACCUGCCCCUACGUUACUGCCGUGGGAGGAACCUCCGCGGUGAGCCCCGAGGUCGCCUGGAAUGCUUCAUCCGGUGGUUUCUCCUACUACUGGCCUCGUCCCUUGUACCAGGAGUCCGCCGUCCAGAAGUACCUGACCCACGUCAGCGCCGAGACCAAGGAGUACUACGGCAAGUAUACCGACUUCGAGGGCCGUGGAUUCCCCGAUGUCUCCGCCCACAGUUUGUACCCUUAUUAUGAGGUUAUCUAUGCUGGCCAGAAGUCCGGUUCCGGUGGUACCUCCGCCGCCGCACCUACCUUCGCUGGUAUUAUCGGUCUCCUUAACGAUGCUCGUCUGCGCGCCGGCAAGCCCACUCUGGGCUUCUUGAAUCCCUUCUUGUACUCAGAGGGAUACAAGGCCUUGAACGAUAUCACCGAGGGUAGCUCCUACGGCUGCGGUGGUAUUGAUCCCCAAAGCGAUGAGGAGGUUCCCGGCGCUUUGAUUAUCCCCGGAGCCCACUGGAAUGCUACGAAGGGUUGGGAUCCUGUUACUGGCCUUGGUACUCCUGACUUCCAGAAGUUGAAGAAGUUGGUUCUGUCUCUCUAG